UAUGUCAAAAAGAGUAUUGUCUCCUGUGUUGAGCGUCAACAAGGACUUUUACUUUGAAACAAGUCGUUGCUGCUAGCUAGCAUAACUGAACUGUAAACAUGAACUACUGUAACUCGCAGCAAAUUACACGUGACUUUUUAAGGAUUGCAGUAAGUAACUCGCGUGUUUAGAUUAAACGCGUACACACUCUGAGAUGGACCUCGAGGUUAAAUGCAGUCCGAAAGGCUUUUGGUCUGCGGUUGAUGUUUGGAUAAAGAAGCCUCAUGUAGUGAAUAAGCGGCUGUGCGGAGUGACAGAGACUGAAUACAGAGAUGUGAGCUGUGAGGAGCUCGAGCGCUGUCUCUGUAGUUUCACCGGGAUUAGUCUGCGGGAUUUACCGGAAAUUUUACUUUUCCUGCACGCGCACACUGCACUCACGAGCCACCAGACUGUACCAACCUGGAGUGUAGGAGGGAGAACCAUCAUCCCUAAAGCAGGUCUACAGAGCAGUGCAGCAAAGCUUUACAAGGAGAUUAUUGUUAAAGAUGUGAAUGGACAAACAGUGACAUUUCUGCCAAUUGAAGAAAACACUGAAGGCCACAUCAUUCUGAGGGACAGUAAUAUUUAUCAGAUUCAGCUUCAGGGAAAAACAGAUGAUUCGAUACUGUCUCUUCAUGUCCUGAGACUUGAUCAGUGGUAUAGUGAUGGCGUGGCCUACCCAAAACUCACCUGGCUGACUUCAGAGCUUCUCCCUAAACUAGCACGCUGGGCCACAGAGAGCAAAGCCACAGAGUUCAAGAGUACUCUGUCUCUCAUUCCUGUCGAAAAGUACAGCAUACUCUACCAGCAGCUGAAAAACAAAUACAGAGAGCUUGUCAAGGUCUGGCCUGAAGUUACUGAUCCUGAGAAAUUUGUCUUUGAAGAUGUGGCCAUUGCUACAUAUCUUCUUGUUUUAUGGGGUGAAGAGCGAACUGAAAAAGGAAUAACAUCCAAACAGUCUUUUGUGGACCUUGGUUGUGGAAAUGGCCUCCUUGUCCACAUAUUAAACAAUGAAGGGCAUCCUGGAAAGGGAAUUGACAUUCGCAAGCGAAAGAUCUGGGACAUGUAUGGACCCAAUACACACUUAGAGGAAAAGGCAAUCACGCCCAGCGCUGCGUUCCUCUUCCCUGAGACGAACUGGCUGAUUGGAAACCACUCCGAUGAGCUCACGCCAUGGAUCCCCGUUAUAGCAGCCAGAUCAGCCUACUACUGCCGCUUCUUUGUGCUCCCUUGCUGCUUCUUUGACUUCUGUGGGAAGUACCAGCGCCGACAGUGUAAGAAGUCUCAGUACAGGGAGUAUGUAGACUUCAUCAGUGAGGUCAGUGCAGCAUGUGGCUUCCAAACAGAUGAAGAUUGUCUGAGGAUUCCUUCCACCAAGCGGGUCUGCCUAAUUGGGAAGAGUAGGAGUUAUGAGCAGGCUCAGGAAGAUUUAGCAGAAGUGAAAAGAACAGAUUACAUUAGGGGACGGCAGGCCUUAAUCAACAACUCGGCAGUUGUCACUCAGAAAGAACACAGUGGACCUCAUCAUCAUGGAGAUGGACAGGAGAUGGCCAAAGCAGGAUGCGACUGGGGAAACGGCUUUCAGCCGAGGGAGAAGAUCGAGACAGUCAGAAACUGUGCAGCUCUCCCUAGAGACUUUGUAGAUGGUGUCGUCUUGAAGGUGGCGAUGACCUUGUUGGGACUCCCUGGAGAGAAAACGGAGGAGGAGGAAGAGAACGAGAUUGGAAAGGAGAGAAUUAGAUGGAAUGCAGGAGGCUCUCUCUCAGUCCGUGAGGUAGCUGAGCUACUGGACCAGUCCACAUUACAGACACUGAAGAAGGAGUGCGGAGGACUACAGACUCUGCUGAAAAACAACCAUCAAGUGUUCAGAGUGCAAGGUGGAAAGGUUCACAUGCGUGACUGGCGCACUCAGGGCACUCAGACUGCCCUGAAUCGUAAAUCCCAAAUCUCAGGAGCAUUAAAAACUCGGCUCUGCUGGUUCCACACUCACCACCCUGAUGGAUGCCCACUGUCCAGCAAAGACUGCGUUUUUGCCCAUGGAACUGAUAACCUCCGACCCUCAACACGCCCCCUGAAAAAGCACAGUAGCUCACCAUGAUCGAUGCACAGAACUUUUGUAUAUUCAAACAUGGAUUGAAACUCCAUGAAGACUCGCAGUGGUUUUGUUUUUAACCUUUAGCUUAAAGGAGAAUUCAGAACAAUUCUCGGCUUUGGAAAUUUGUCUUCUCUGUGUGUAAGUUAUCGAUACUGUCUUGGCUUUUUAUUUUUUGCUGUUGUUUGUAUAGCAACAGAUCAAACUGAAUUUCUUCUUUAAAAAUAAUAACAUUUAAACACAUGAACUCAGUAAUGACCACACAAUACAACUCUUGCUUUUUGAAGGGAUUUACCCCAUUGGGACAUAAAAACCUUUGUGUAUGUGCCUGGGGUACCAUGUGCUAAAUGUUAAAGGCAUAAAUAAUUUGCCAUGCGGUGUGGGGGGCAGGUUAUUGUCCCGCUUCUCAAAUGUCACUGGACAGGAUGUCUAUGCUCUAUACAAUAAACUGAGGCUCCAGGGUUUAUUAUUGAUGGUGAGGUGUAAAAAUCAAUUUAAUUUACUUUCAUUUUAAAAGUAAAGGGACAUGUGAGAAUAGCAAUAGUGCUCAAGUUGCUUCUUGGGAGUUAAUUUAAAAUGGGAAAUCUUCCUAGAAAUGUUAUUAGGUUUCAGGAAGAACGUGGUGCUGCCUUUUCACCAUUCGCCUGAAUUUUUCUUGUAAUAUGACCUACUUAUUUCACCCCAUAAAGAUGAACCUUAUUUCCUUUAUGCAGUCUACUAAAGUAAUGCUAAUUAGAUAUUAAUUACUCAUAAUUGAUGGAAGUUCAUUCCUGUAGUUUGGGUCAUUGUAUAUGAUUUUUUUGUGGAGGAAAACCUAUUGAAUGUUUCAUAAAAUGAAUCUUGAUCUGUAACAGAAACGUCGCUCGGUGAUGCGCUCUCUCUCUCUCUCCCUCUCUCUGUCUCUCUCUCUGCCUCUCUCUCUGCCUCUCUCUCUGCUUCUCUCUCUGCCUUUGCCCUGGUGAGAAUAAUAAGUCAAAAAGGCAGCCUGCUGUUUCUUACUCGUAUGGAAGAAGCUUGGCACAACUUUGAACAGGAUCCUCUGGGACCAUGCUAAUGAAGGCACACAGUCCUGUAGCAGGCGGUAGAUUCAAAAAGCAUCACAGGUUCUUUUCAUCUUGACUGGGUGCUUAAUAAGUCUGCAGUGUUGGGGUGGGAAGUGUGAAGUAGCCCUGUAACCAUCUUCUCUCUCUCUCUCUCGAAGUACACAUACUAAGUCACAGAGCAGACCUUUCUGUGAGAAACACAUUUGACUAAUUGAGCCAUUUUUGCAGUCAAAAUAAAUGUGGUCUAAAGGAAAGCAUGAAGUAACUGUGAUGUGUGUGU